GCGGCGGCUGCGGCUGCGGGGCCGGUGCGGGCGGAGGGGCGCAGCGGAGGGCGGCCCCGCUCCCUCGCUCGCUAAGAUGGCGGCGGCGGCGGCGGCGGCGGCCGUGGCGCGGCUGGAGGGCCGGGAGUUCGAGUACCUCAUGAAGAAGCGCUCGGUGACCAUCGGCCGCAACUCGUCGCAGGGCUCGGUGGACGUGAGCAUGGGCCACUCCAGCUUCAUCUCCCGGCGCCACCUGGAGAUCUUCACCGCCGCGCCCCCGCCGCCGCCACCGGCCGGAGCGGACGGGCCGCCGCCUCCCGCUCAGGGGGACCCCGCGGCUGCCGGCGGCGGCGGGGGAGAUUUCUACCUGCGCUGCCUCGGCAAGAACGGCGUCUUCGUGGACGGCGUGUUCCAGAGGCGGGGGGCGCCGCCGCUGCAGCUGCCCCGAGUCUGUACUUUCAGGUUUCCCAGCACAAACAUAAAGAUAACAUUCACUGCUCUGUCCAAUGAGAAGAGAGAAAAACAGGAGGCCCCGGAGUCCCCAGUGAAGCCUGUGCAACCCCAGAUCUCUCCCUUAACGAUAAACAUUCCAGACAACAUGGCUCACCUGAUCAGCCCUCUCCCUUCUCCCACAGGAACUAUCAGUGCUGCAAAUUCCUGCCCAUCUAGCCCCCGUGGUGCAGGCUCUUCAGGGUACAAAAUGAGUCGUGUCAUACCAUCUGACCUACAUUUAAUGGCUGACAACUCUCAGUCAGAAAAUGACAAGGAAGCAUCGGGUGGAGACAGCCCAAAGGACGACUCUAAGCCACCUUACUCCUAUGCACAGUUAAUAGUACAAGCAAUUACAAUGGCACCUGAUAAGCAGCUUACACUAAAUGGAAUCUAUACGCACAUAACUAAAAAUUAUCCGUACUACAGGACAGCAGACAAGGGCUGGCAGAAUUCAAUACGUCACAAUCUCUCUCUGAAUCGUUAUUUCAUCAAAGUACCACGUUCCCAGGAAGAACCAGGCAAAGGCUCAUUCUGGAGGAUAGACCCUGCCUCUGAAAGCAAAUUAAUAGAGCAGGCUUUUAGGAAAAGGCGGCCUAGGGGAGUACCUUGCUUUAGAACCCCUCUGGGACCACUCUCUUCUAGAAGUGCCCCAGCCUCUCCUAAUCACUCUGGAGUGCUGUCUGCGCACUCCAGUGGAGUCCAGACCCCAGAGAGUCUGUCCAGGGAAGGAUCUCCAGUCCCAAUGGAACCUGAGCCUAGUGCUAUCCAGCCAAAACUAGCGGUAAUACAAGAAGCACGAUUUGCACAGAGUGCCCCAGGAUCACCUCUAUCUAGCCAACCAGUUCUAAUUACUGUACAACGGCAGCUACCACAAACUAUUAAACCCGUCACCUACACUGUUGCAACUCCUGUGACGACAUCAACAUCCCAGCAGCCUGUAGUUCAGACAGUUCAUGUUGUUCACCAGAUACCAGCUGUGUCUGUCACAAAUGUGACUGGAUUAGCACCAGCAAACACUUACACUGUAGCUGGACAGGCAGUAGUCACGCAAGCUGCAAUGGUAACCCAGCCCAAGGUAGAACCUCAAGAGAAUGGAGACCACAAGGAAGUAAAAGUGAAAGUGGAGCCUAUACCUGCUAUUAGUCAUGCUACAAUUGGAGCUGCUAGUCGUAUCAUUCAGACAUCUCAGACUACACCUUUACAGACAGUCACUAUAGUGCAACAGGCACCUCUAGGUCAACACCAGCUACCAAUAAAAACUGUAACGCAAAACGGAACGCACAUAGUACCUAUCACCACUGCAAUACAGGGCCAGGGCAAUGCUGCUGCUGCAAGUCCUUUGCAUAUGUUAGCAACCCACGCGUCCGCAUCGGCAUCGCUUCCAACAAAGCGCCAGAACGGAGACCAGUCGGAACAGCAGGAACUGAAACGUAUCAAAACAGAGGAUGGGGAGAGCAUAGUGAUAGCUGUUAACGUGGACACCCCGCCUGUGGCAGUGAGCGAUAAAGGCAGCCAGAACUAGAAACUUAGAGUUUGCUUUCUUUCUUUCUUUCUUUUCUUUUUUUUUAAAAAAACAAAACAAAACAAAAAAACAACAACAAACUCCGUGGUGCCAAAAGGAGACACUUAAAUAUAACACCUAAAAUCUUGGAACAUGUUCUCACGCAGUGGGGAAAGGGGCCCUGUGAUCAGACUUCAACGUUCAGCACUGAAAAACAAACCAACACAGGUGGCCUUAAAACUUGGUAACUUAAAGUCAAACUGCAAAACAUGUUGUUCCAGAGGCUGUGACCCCGCUCCUCCCUGCCCCUAUGAACUGUGUACGCUGAGAAGUACAGAGCUGGGGAGGGCUGCAGCUUUAAAAUAAUCUUUAUCAGAUUCUUUUAAGGACUGAGCAUCUCAGUGUAACGGCAGCAUGAUAAGCGCUUAGUGUGAACUGGUUUCAAACGAUUGUAUAUUCCUCAAAGGGAACAGAGGCAAGGAGCCAUUUCCUACAUCUUGGCAGCUAGCCUUUCAUAACGACCUACCCGAUGCAGUUGUUGGUAGAUAUGCAGUAUUUUGUUGUUCACAUGUGGAAUUAGAAAUUUUUGAGGUGUAUUUUCAUUUCUUUGCAAAACGAUGGGGUCUUUGACAUUUCAAAUCACUCCAUUUCUACUCCGGAAACUUUGGAAUCACACAAUACUUUUCAUGUGAAAUUUUGUUUGGUAAAAAAAAAAAAAAGAAAACAACAAACAAACACAAACUGAAUGUAGGGUUUUUUUAACCGAUGGAAUGAUUUACUUUCUGUCUGUCCUCUUAAAAGUUCAGAUAAAGCUACUUUAUUACAUCUGCAAAUUUUCAUAUUUUAGCAGUUGCCUGAUAAAUUUAAUCAAAUUUUAUUACCAUGUGUAGUGAUCAAAUGCUUCUUUGGGCUUGCAUGUAACUGAUUAGAAAUUACGAUGUAAAUGAGCCGUUAACUGACGUAAAGAACUGCUAUGAAUUUGACCAGAGCUGCACUUAUCUGUUUCUCUCUCUGCUACCUUUUGCUGUUUGUUACUUUGUGUUGACUUUGACUGUCCCUGGCAUAUUUUUCCAGUCUAAAGUAAAACGAGAGUCUCGCUUAAUAUUGUGUAUGUUUAAGAUAACAGACUGUUCUUCAUUUAGAAAAGAUGAAAUUCUUUAUCACGAGUCCUUUUAAAAAGAGAGUUAAAAUUAUCUUGUCAGAGGUAUAUUCGAUAUUUUUAAGCUUAAGCACCCAUCCGUAGGAGUUAAUCUGCCCAGUUUUCUCCGUAACACUUUAGAUGUCAUCCACUGACCCGGGGGUCUCCAUGCACAGUAGCUGUUGUGGUUUUCUAACAGUGGCUACAGUAUGAUUACAAUAAAAAAGACUGAAGUGUGUGUUCUGCAGUUGAACGUUUUCAGGCGCAGUGGCAAUUUCUCACUUGAAUUGUGGUAACAGAUUCCACUUUACAGUAAAAAAACGCCAUCUGAGCGUAAGGCUGCUGUUCAGUCUUCAGUUCACAUCACGUCCCAUUUCUGCACGCAGCACGGUGAGUGAGAGCCGGCGUGGUCUGAACCUGAUCCCUGUCACUUUCUGUAAUAACGAUGCUUUAUUUAUAUCUCCCUUUCCGCUACGAAAGGAACCGAACUGUGUUUUUCUCGACGAACUGAACAGUUUGGAGUGGUUCAUUGAGGCAGCUUGUGGAACUAUUUACCUACAGACCAAAUACCAGAAAGCUGUACGAGUUCUGUGUUCAUCCGCAAAAUGGGGACUGUUACAGCGCUGUCUCUGCAGACAAAACCUAUUAAAAACCUACUAAAAAACCAACAACAGAACUCGACGCCAGCCGAGUUUAUAGCAGGCAUUUAAAAAAACAGCAUAACCUGAAACAAACCCAUUUCUGUAAAACUGCGAGAUUUUCUUUAGAGGUUUUAAAAAUAAAAAAAAAAAGUAAAGUUUUAACGUACUUUUUUUAAGCAAAAGAAAUCCGGUACCGGUAAUUUAAUUUGGUGUGGAAUUGAAUUGAUUAGAACGUGGUUUAUUUUCAGAAGUGAGAAUCUGUUCCCGGGUAGGGCUAUAGGUGAAUCAUACAUAGUGUAUCAGAUUUUUUUAAAUAAAAUUAAAUUUUAUUCAGCCAAUUAA